AUUUCUUGACAAGUGUCAAAAGAAGAAUCUCCCUCCAUAUUCCUCUGUUCAAAUCUUCACUGUGCCAUCCAAGGAUCAAGGCCUUUUGCAUGAAUCUAUGAAGUACACAGUCACUGCACUAGAGUUCCUUUCACCUCUUGUGGUAGAUUCUCAAGACAAAGCCUUACAUAUUUUCAUAGUGCUGAGGUUCCAAAUUCAAAGAGGGAAAACUGAUCCAACCAGUUACAAGAGCCUGGGGGACUGUUUUAGGACUAUUUUCCGACGAGAAGGAUUACUUGGCUUCUACAAAGGAAUAUUUCCUCCUGUCUUGGCUGAGACACCCAAAAGGGCGGUGAAGUUUUUCACCUUUGAACAGUACAGGAAGCUACUAGGAUAUGCAUCAUUACCUCCAGGACUGGCAUUUGCAGUUGCUGGCUUGGGAUCUGGGUUGACAGAGGCAGUUGUGGUUAACCCCUUUGAAGUCGUAAAGGUUACCUUACAGGCCAAUCAGAAUGCCUUCAAAGAGCAACCAUCUAGCUUUGUUCAAGCUCGGCAGAUCAUUAAAACCGAUGGUCUGGGCUUCCAAGGUCUCAACAAGGGUCUUACAGCAACACUGGGCCGUCAUGGAGUUUUUAACAUGGUUUACUUCGGGUUCUACUUCAAUAUGAAAAACAUUCUUCCGGUUAAUAAAGAUCCAAAUUUGGAGUUUUUGAGAAAAUUUGGAAUUGGACUAGUCUCGGGAACAAUAGCCUCAAUUAUUAACAUUCCUUUUGAUGUUGCAAAAAGUAGGAUUCAAGGACCACAGCCAGUUCCUGGAGAGAUCAAGUACAGAACCUGUUUUAAAACUAUGGCAACAGUCUAUAAAGAGGAAGGAUUUCUGGCUCUGUACAAAGGCUUGCUUCCCAAGAUCAUGAGGCUUGGUCCAGGUGGUGCAGUGAUGCUUUUGGUUUACGAAUACGUUUAUGCUUGGCUUCAGGACACAGUUAAUCACAAGUAGCACUUCUGAAAAAUGUACUCUUUAAAAUUUUGUGCAUUCUAAAAUACACUUCAAUAAAGUAAAAGUGAUUCUUAUCUGUUAUGAUGUUGAAUGCCCUCAGAUUGCACUGAUGUUAAUAAGUUCAAAACAAAGUUGGUCUUCAGGUCAUGAUCCAAGAAAACAUUUAAGCACAUGCUUUUCUAUAAGUGCAUAAAUAAAUAGCAUUGUUGAUAUUUGUAAUUGUUUUGCUGAAUCAAGAGAAAAUAUAAAAGAGACAUAGGAAAAAAAUAAUUUUUAAAGGAAUUUUUGACAGAAAAUCAUCCUACGUAGCUAUACACUUUUUUAAGUUUCAACUGAAAUGACAAGAUAAUAACUUUCAGGGGAUUUUCAGG